GCUCAAAAUAGAUAAACAGAGUGAUGAUCAUGGGAUAAAAUUUAACCAAUUCGAAUAAUCAAUCCGGUUAGAAUGGAAACCGAGAGACAAUACAUCACGUAAACCAAAACGACAUACUAUUACGAUGUCGUUUAACCAGAGUCGCAUAAGAAUUUGACGGUUUUACCCUCAAAACCAGCCGUCGUGAAUCGUCGUCGUCCCUCGCUCUCGAUUCAAAAUUCGGAAAAACCCGAUCGCCGCCUCCACCAUGAGCUCCGUGACGGUUCUCGAAGAUGACAAUCACGCUCCUCAAGAGGUUCCGAUUCGUAAAGGAAAAGGGAAGGCAGCUAGCGUUGUGAUGAGCAGCGCACAGAGGAGGAAACUUGCGGAUAUAAGCAACUUGAACACAGAAGAAGAGACGCACCCGCAACAAAAUCUUCUCUUCUCUUCCAAGGAAUAUGCUGAAAAGCUCCAAAAGGAGAACGUGACAUUGAUGAAAGCUCUAGCUCACAGAAAUAAGAUAAUCGAGCUGAGCGGUGUUGAGUUUCAGAAACUGAAGAUCAACUUACGGAAAGUGCAGGAGAAUAAUAUGCAUCUUGCACAGGCGAACACUCAUAUGUUGGCGGAACUCAAUACAAACAGGGACAGACUGAAGCUGCUUCAGCAUGAACUUGGCUGCAAGAAUGUAUUACUCGGGGUUAGGAAGAAAACGCAGCUUGAGGAGCAAGAACCUCCAUGUACUCAUCACCCCUCGAAACAUAAGGGGGUUGAUAUGAAUCAGAAAUACACCAAGAGAAAGCGAACGUCAAGGAUAAAAGCUUCAGAAAGCUCUAUCGUUAAAGAGAACGCAAACACUAAAAGGAAAGUUUCUGGAGUCAGAGAUACUACUGUUAUCCCCGAACUGACCUGUCAGACUGAAGGUGACAUUGAAAAGGGGGUUGUCUCUCAAGGGGCAAACCAAAAUGUUGGCAAUACUAUCAACAAGAAGUUUGUUCUUGAUGCAGCCAACCCCGUAAAGGCCAGUGUGCGUAGCAAGAGGCAAUGCUUACGAAGGACAUCUGCAAGGUUUGCUGUUCAAGAAACUGAACAAACGGAAACACUAAUUGUGAUGGAUAAUGCCAAAGAAACUAAAGAAAUAGCAAGGCUCUCAUUGAGAAGACGGUCUGCUCGGUUAAGGCCCGAAGAAGCUGAACCAUGUAAAAGCUUCCAUGUGAGGGGCGAAGUCAGGAAGACGACCAAGAGGAGAAGAGUCUCUUCAAGACAACAGUCUUCAAUGUUUGAUUUCCAAGAACCGGAAGUGACCGAAACCUUGAAUGCUGAUGAUGCAGGAAACUUAGUAAGCGAAGGAUCAAGUUCCGAAGCUGUAGAAGAACCAUCUGAAAGCAGACAUGACACAAAAAAUACAAACGGGAAACGCAGAGUCUCGACGAGAAUGCAAUCAACAAAGGGUAAAUCUCAGACAGCUUCAGACACCAAUGGAGCCAUCAAAGAUAUAGUGACAGAGUGUGAUCUGUUACCAUCAACGGCGUCUCAGGGGGACUUAGAAAGAGAAUCAAAAAACAAGUCUAGAGCUGAAGAAGCCGAAGGAAUAAUGAGAAGAACAUCUGUGGCAAGAAGGCCAUCAAGACAUGCAGCAGAGAAAGUCCAAUCAUACAGAGAAGUCUCACUAAAAGUGAAAAUGCGGCGAAACUUCUAAAGUUGUUAAGAAGCUUACUUAUAGUGCGGCAAAAAACACUUUUUACUUUUCUUGUUUCACCGAUAUUUUAGAUGAUUAUGUGUGCUCUAAUUUCUCUCUA